ACGACGCCGCCGCCUCCGCCGCCGCCGCCGCCGCUUGUUUGCACGCCAGCCGACGAAGCAGCCGCACGUCCCCUCUGACAUCACAAGCUCGCUCGGCCCGAUUGGCCUGGGCCCGGGAGGCGGGCGGAGCCUCCGGAUCGUCCCGCUCGCUGAUUGGACGGGACGUGCCCAUGGCGCGCGGCGGGGCGCCGCGAGCCGCCCCCACGAGGUGGGCCGGAGCGGCCGUUGGGAGCGGUUGAGCGGCGGGACCUGGCGGGCCGUCCCGGAGCGGCGUCCCUGCGGCCGCGGCCUGAUGGCAUCCAACUAUAGAAAACCUGGCUUAAGUACAGCCCAGCGGAAGAAAAGUGGUUUGAAACCUGAACUUACAGAAGAGCAAAAGCAGGAGAUCAGAGAAGCUUUUGAUUUGUUUGAUACUGAUGGAUCUGGCAGCAUUGACGUAAAAGAACUGAAGGUUGCAAUGCGUGCUUUAGGCUUUGAGCCGAAGAAGGAAGAAAUUAAGAAAAUGAUAGCAGAUAUUGACAAAGAAGGAAGUGGCACCAUUGACUUUGAAGACUUCUUGGCAAUGAUGACGCAAAAAAUGAGUGAGAAGGAUUCAAAAGAAGAAAUACUGAAAGCUUUCAGAUUAUUUGAUGAUGAUGGCACAGGGAAGAUUUCAUUCAAAAACUUGAAGCGGGUUGCGAAGGAGCUCGGAGAAAAUUUAACAGAUGAAGAACUUCAGGAAAUGAUUGAUGAAGCUGAUCGAGAUGGGGAUGGAGAAGUAAAUGAGCAAGAAUUCUUGAGAAUCAUGAAGAAAACUAGCUUGUAUUAAUGUUUGUUGCCUUGCUUUACAGCUGCUCCAAAAGGUGACCUGGAAAAGACUUAAAAACAGAACUAGGGUCUCUUGCAUAUUUUAUGACAUUAAAAGAAAGCCUGAGUGGACAGAUUUUUAGUUCGUUCUUCUUUUUCAGAAAUGUUAAUUGGGGAAGGGGGGUUUCAGUACCCAGAAGAACUGCUGAAAUGAGAUAUUGCAGGAAUAAAGGGUAAGGUGAACCUGCAAGAUAGGGUCUUUCUUUUUGUUUUAAUGACAGUUUUGGUGAUUACCAUUUUGGAUAAAGAAUACUGUAUUUUAACUAAGUCAUUUCACUUGAGACCCAGUGAUUCCCACUGCUUCUGGGAAAGGCUGGUUUUGACUUUCCUAAACCUAUGUAAUAAAGAGAUCAGCUUAUAACAUCUUCUAUAUAAUCUUAAAAAAUUAAGGUACAAGUACAGUAUUUUUAUUCCUUUUAAGUCUUUUAGGUCAUCUCUUGGUACCUCUCCUUUGUAUUUCCAUGAAUGAGUCUAAAAAUGAGUUGCAUAUCUAUAUUUAUUUCUGUAUGAAACACUAUUCUCAUGGCAAGUUUUUUUUGGAUCUGAUGGGAGCAAAUGCAGAUAACCAGAUACAGUACUUCAUUGAGAGCUGCUUGCCAUCUGUAUAUGUUCAUUUGUUUAACAAUUCCAUGAUCGUCUGAAAUGUGGUUUAUUUGACUCUAGUCUGCUGGAUUUAUCAAAGUUUACUGUAUAACCAGGCAAUGUCUUGUGCCAUUGUACUUAUUCCCAAGAUGUUAGAGAGUUGUUACUAUGUUAUUAUUUUAAGUACAUAAGGAAAGCUCAGUGCUAUGACUUCCUAGGGUAAAUUCUGUCUUUGGCUAUUUACAGUCAAAUUGCAGGGAUGACCUGCAUCCAAAACGGAAAAACAAUUUGCUACCUUGGACAGCUGUGAAACACUGAAUGUAUAUGGGUCCAUUCAAUCCAAAUUCAUUUCAGGCAUCACAGCUGUUUAAUUUUGGGGAGACUAUUUUCAUUUUCUUGAGUAUUUCUCAUGCAUACUGUCAAUUGUGGACUUAUUGGAUAGCCACACUUCCUUCCGUAUUAUGGACCCCGGUUCACAAUAGGACAAUUGGCUUCAAACGGCAGGGAAAUUGUACAAUCCUAAAUCAUGUGUCUAGUAAGUUUAUUACUGCUGACAUUGAAGUGGCAACUACAUAGCAAAAUGUCAGGAGAGGGUUCAGUGGGAUGGGGAGGGAAAGAACAGUAUUUCACCAAGAUCCUCCUUCAAACAGCUUCUGCUGCUUCCCAGCCUCUAGUGAGGUUUGUCUCCACAAAACCACGUAGAAGACAGGCAGCUCCUGGGGUAGCUCCUUGUUACAGCUGCAUCAGUGCCCUAGGAGCUGGAAGGGCCCAGCAGGGGCAGGAUUAGUCUCUUCGCAGAAAGGAGACAUCCUCAUUUACAUAUCUCCUCAGUGUGCAGAUGCAGAGUCCUCCUACUUUUGCACCCUGAAUUGCUCUCUGAAUAGACCCUCUCUAACCAGCACAGAAGUAGCUCAAACUUGCAGGAGAACAGGGGUCACAUAGUGUCCUGGGAAACUCAAAGAUCUGUGACGCACAUUAUCAACAUCUUCAGUGGCAGUAGACGUAACCCACAAUACUGUAAGCUUUUUAAAAUGUGUAUUAACUUUGUAUAGUGUGAAAUAAAACUGUUUUGCAAGUUUA